AUGGCCGUCGAGUUUGAAGGUGGCGUGGUCAUUGGAGCGGAUACUCGCACCACCUUGGGCUCUUACAUAGCCAACCGUGUUACUGACAAACUAACUCCAAUUCACGAUAGAAUCUAUUGUUGUCGAUCUGGAAGUGCAGCAGAUACGCAAGCUAUUGCAGAUAUAGUUCGUUAUUACACACAGAUGUAUGCAGUUCAACAUGACGAACCUCCAACGGUACGAACUGUUGCUGCCUUAUUUCAGGAAAUAUGCUAUCAGAAUAAAGAUAAUAUGUCAGCUGGAAUUAUUGUCGCAGGAUGGGAUAAAUAUAAUGGUGGUACCAUAUAUACUAUUCCACUAGGUGGUUCAUUGCAUAAACAGCCAUUCACGGUAGGAGGUAGUGGAUCUUCGUACAUUUAUGGUUAUUGUGAUUCAAAUUUUAAGAAGAAUAUGACAAAGGAAGAAGCUGUAGCAUUUGUAAAAAAUGCCGUUACAUUGGCCUUGUCACGAGACGGUUCAUCAGGUGGAUGCGUUAGAAUUGCUAUUAUCAAUGAGGAAGGUGCAGAAAAAUUUUUCUUCCCCGGAAAUGAAUUGCCAGAAUAUCGAAAACCGAUUAUUUACAAUGCUCUUGUGAUCAAAGAAUUGGCAAAAGAAGUGUACAUCAAAGAAGGUCUUCGUCCGCCAACCAUAUCAGAAAUUUCGCAAGCUUGGUCAAACUUGAAAUCUAUCCGAUUACAAGAAAUAGGGCUUAAAGAUGCGGCUAGGAUUGCUAUAAGAUCUGUAGAAGUUCUUGGUUUUUUUGCAAUUGGAGAAAUUAUUGGAAGGAGAAAUCUA